UAAUUAAUCUCUACGCUUCUCUCUCUGCAAUUACUUCCUGAGAGUCUCUCUCUUUCUAAAGUAUUGAGUAUUGCUGACUUGAGCGUUGGAGUGUUUUCCCCGAGGAAACAUCCUCGGGAUUUUCAGGUGUAGAAGCAGCUGAAGACUUCAACAGUGUUGGAUUGUGAAGCUGCCCAAACAUUUGGCGCCGUCUGUGGGAAACUGAACAAGAAGUUGCGUAGCUUGACCCGCUUAAAGGCAAAAUGGUUCGCACUUUUACAGGAGGUCGCCCUCCAAGAAAUGAAAUGGACGAGAAGGAGGACGUUCAACUGCCUGAACCCGGCUUAAAUGAUUUGAGACCAAUGCCCAGAAACCUCUUUGUUGGGGGAGCAGAACAGGAUCACCUAAGCGAAACAGACGAUGAUGAAAGAACACCAACUGGGUAUGCAACCCAGCCUGAACAGUCCCAAGAUCCAACAAGACCAAGACCUUCCAGACCAUACAAUUCACAGCAUGAACGACCUGAAAGCGACUCGAAACUCCCCCGCUUUAAGCAACAUAAUAGUGCCAACAGGCCAAGGGGAAGGGGGAAGCUAAAUAACGAGCCCAGCUCGUCCAAACAUAGUGAAGAACUGAUGAGGAAGAAUGCAGACCUGGAAAGGCAGCUAAGGGACGUACAGAAAUCUAUAGAUGAGUUGAAAAGCCCCAGGUCGCACCAGCAGACUCUCGAUUUGGAUAGUGCACCUUUAAACCUAUCCAUCACAGCAGAGCCGUAUCAAGAAGGAUUCAAAAUACCCCACUUGGAAACAUAUGAUGGCUCAGGCAACCCUGAUGAACAUCUGCACACUUAUCAAGCCAUCAUGAGAAUCCAGAAUGCCAAUGAUGCCAUGAUGUGCAAAGUGUUCCCAGCAACACUCAAAUCAACAGCCAGGAGAUGGUAUCACAAACUCCCCAGACAUUCCAUAGACUCGUACUCCCAGCUCGCCAAGCUAUUCUCCAACAAAUUUGCGAGCCAAAGGGAGAUUAAACGUACAGCGACUGAACUAAUGCAGGUUCAUCAGAAAGAAGGAGAAUCUUUGAGGGACUACAUGCAACUGUUCAACAAAGCUACUUUAGACAUUGAUAACGUCCCCGAUACCAUUUGCUUAUCUGCCUUGUUGCAUGGUUUGAAGCCUGGCCGGUUCCUGGACGACUUGCUGGAGAAUCCACCCAAAUCGUGGAAUGAAGUGAAUGAUAGGUCGGCAAGCUUCAUAUUGUUCGAAGAUUUUCAAUCUUCUAAGAGACGAGCUGAUGACAAGCAGGGAAAAGAGCCCAAGCAACCUGAAAACAGAGAUGACAAAAAGAAACAGAAGGUUGGCGAGCAGAGAGGGAAACCGCCUUCCUAUCCAAAAUAUGACAGCUACAUCCCCCUGAGCUCGUCACGAUCCCAGAUACUGGCGCAGAUACAGCACUGGGUCAAGAGACCCCUUCCACAAAUGCACGAUUCUUCACGAGCUGACAGAAGCAAAUACUGCGACUAUCACCGUGUCUACGGUCAUAACACAGAAGACUGUCAGAGUCUGAAGGAUGAGCUCGAAUUCUUAGCUCGCAAUGGGAAAUUGGAGGGGUAUGUGCAAAAGCCUUUUGUUCGGCAACCCACCCAGACCCACUUUGUACAAGAGUACGGCCGAUCUCAAGCACCUGGAUAUCAUCUCGGUAAUAAUCCAAAUCCUUACCAGGCAGGCCCAGACUCGUCUGAGCCGAACAGAGCAUACAGGGGACGCCCGUUCAAUAGACGUGAGCAAGGACAGAAAGCACCUGUACAGAAUCCAAAGGACCACAGGGGGGUUGGGUAUGGUGGAAUACCCCCGCCAUCUGGCACAAUCAAUAUGAUCUCUGGUGGUAUGCACUUUGGGGGCCAGAGUGCCCGGGCCCGCAAGGCAUAUGCCCGCCAGGUGAUGACGGUCAACAAAAACAGGCCCUUGAAGCGGCCGUUCGAGGAUGCAGAGUGGGAGAAUGCAGCUAUCACAUUCAGCCUAGCAGAUUAUAGGCGAGCAGACGGGGAGCCCGACGUUAUGAUGCCUCACGCAGAUCCAUUUGUGGCAGCAGUCCAUAUAGGUAAUCAUAACGUCAACAAGGUCUUUAUUGAUACGGGUAGCUCGCCAGAUAUCCUUUACUGGAGCUGCUUCCAGAAGAUGCAAUUGAAUCCGAACUCGCUGCAGAAGUAUGAAGGACCCAUCUACGGGUUUGAUAAUCAACCCGUCCAGGUGGAAGGGGUCAUAACUCUACCCAUCUAUGUGGGCUCAGAGCCGCGCUUCAAGAUGGCUUCGGUCAGCUUCUUGGUCGUCAAAAUGGAGUCAGCAUUCAACACCAUAUUAGGAAGGGCUACUCUAUGCGAGUUGAAGGCUGUUAUUUCACAGCCCCAUCUAUGCAUGAAAUUCCCAACGCCUCAGGGGGUAGGAGUGCUAAAGGGGAAUCAAAGGAUGGCCAAGGCAUGUUAUCAGGAUACGUUUAAGAAGGUUGAGCUCGCUGUAGCCCCUGGAAACUCUGAAAGUGGUAGGCCGACUCAGCUCGGCCAGCAGACAAUGAGCAUCUCAGACAUUGAGCAUCUCAGACAUUGAGCAUAGACCUGAGGGCGUUGAACAGAAAGUAGAGCCGGUAGAGCCGGUAGAGCCAGUAGAAACUGUUCCUCUAAACCCUGAUGUGCCGGAAAAAACAGUCAAGAUCGGCACCAAGCUCACAGAGGAAGAAUGAGCAGAGCUUCUGGAGUUUUUGAGGGUCAAUCAAGAUGUAUUCGCAUG